UCAUCUGUGUUUAAAUCCAGAGCGGUGUCUGGAAGAUCACGAGCUGGUGGUGUCGGUGAAGGCCUGCAUGCCUCCAGAGAGCAAGUUCCUCUUCAGGAAGAACUACGCCAAGUAUGAGUUCUUCAGAAACCCACUGAACUUCUUUCCGGAGCAGAUGGUGGCUUGGUGUCAGGAAUCGAAUGGCUCUAUCCCACAGUCCCAGCUUUUACAGAAUUUCUUGAAUUCCAGCAGCUGUCCAGAGAUCCAGGGCUUCCUUUAUAUGAAAGAGACGGGCCGCAAGUCCUGGAAGAAGCUCUACAUGUUCCUGCGUCGUUCUGGACUCUACUACUCCACUAAAGGAAUGUCAAAGGAACCAAGACACCUGCAAUUACUGUCAGACUUGGAGGAGAGCAAUAUCUUCACUGUGAUGACGGGCAGAAAGAUGCACAAUGCGCCCACAGACUACCAAUUCUGCAUUAAGCCCAGUAAGGGCAGGACUGAGCUGAAGGAGCUGAAGAUGCUUUGUGCAGAGGAUGAUCAGAGCCGCACAUGCUGGAUGACUGCUUUUAGACUGCUCAAGUUUGGAAUUCUGCUAUAUCAGAACUACAAGACCCCCCACCAGAGGAAGACCAUAUCAAACUUCACCACACCUGUGCGGAGUGUGUCCGAGAACUCGCUGGUUGCGAUGGAUUUCUCUGGAAGGACUGGUCGAGUGAUUGACAACCCGGUGGAGGCUCAGAGCGCUGCGAUGGAGGAGGGACACACCUGGAGAAAGCGGAGUCAGAGAAUGAAUAUUUUGGGAAGCCCCAGUCCUUUACAUCCCUCGCCGUUAAGUUCAGUGAUUCACAGGACACAAUUAUGGUUCCACGGCCGCAUUAUGAGAGAGGAAUCCCACAGGAUGAUUAUGCAGCAGGGCCAAGUUGAUGGGUUAUUCCUGUUGAGAGACAGCCAGAGCAACCCAAAAGCAUUCGUUCUCACUCUUUGCCAUCAUCAGAAGAUUAAACACUUCCAGAUUUUACCUUUUGAGGAGGAUGGCCAGGUGUUUUUUAGCCUUGAUGACGGCUCUACCAAGUUCACCGACCUGAUCCACUUGGUAGAGUUUUACCAGCUCAACAGGGGGAUCCUGCCCUGCAAACUCAAACACCCCUGCACCGUGGUGGCCUUAUGACCCCCCUCCUCCUGAAACCUGCAAGCAACACACACACACACAGAUGUAACUGAAAAAACUGGAUUUUUAUUUCUUUUUUUUUUUGUUGUUUAAUUUCUGUUUUCUUUUUAUUUCAUAAAUAAGCUGACGCAACCCACGGGCAUGAAAACAAGUCAUUCUCACAGCUCUGGGAUUAGCACGGAAACUUUUGGGAAUAAUUAUGGGACAGCUUUCCAGGAUGCCCUGUCCUUUGGUUUUGACAAGGGUGCCUGUGUUUUUUGUUUUUCAACAGUCUCUGUGGUGAUUAUCAUAAGCUUUCAAUGAAUUCAAGAUGACUUCAUCAUUCAGGACAUGACACUAAACACCCCCUCCCCCUAUAAACUGAUCAGAUCAGGACAGUCAUUUUGUGUGGUGUGUCUGCAAGGACUUGCAAUUGCAAAGAGUUACUUGAUGACGAUUGAUAUGUAUUAUGUUGUUUCCUACCUGAACAUUUUGCACUCUCGAGCUGAACACAGGUGAUCCGCUUCAUCCUGAGCUUACCGCGACAACUGUUACCCAUUUGCCUUCCUCCUACCGUUCACCUUUGUUUCAUUUUGUCAAUGAUAGGAUUAGUACAGUGGAAAAUUGCAGUUAUGACCAUUUGAGGUGACACUUUCUCGGUGACAGCCAAAAAAAAUACACAAAAACCCAGUUUUAAUACAUCACAGCUAGGAGAGACUAGCCACAAGGGGUAGCAGACUUGCACUUCAAAAAAAAAAUUAUACUUGAUCGCUAAAUGCUUUACCAGCAUAAGAGUUAGUUACGUUUGGAGUUCUAAUCAAGCUUUGCCUUAAAGGAAUGUUCUAGGUUAAAUAUGACUUAAGCUCCGUCAACAUUACCUGUCGCAUGCUGUUGAUCGAAAAAGAAAAUGGAAAGAGCAACAACAGCCAUAUCUUAUUAAUUUAAGUUUAUAUGAGGUAAAAAAAAAACUUGUUUUGUAAGUGGAUUUCAAUCAAUAUAUUAGUUUUUUAAUUAGUUUCAGACAAUUAGUCAGACAAGUGUUUCCAUCGUAGCCUAAAGGGACAGUUCAUUCAAAAAUUUAAGUUGCCGUAAUGUGUCAAAAUUGUCAUCCUUGUGUAUUAAGAGACUCAAAACAUGAAACUAUUAACUUUUUAAAAUAAAUUUUUGCCAAAUUUCGAAAUUUAUAUAUGAUAUAUAAAUCAUAUAUAAACUUGUAAACUUGUUUAUAUGUGAUUUAACUCAAAAAUUAGUAUUAGAAUUUACUUCACAAAGGUUAACAAUCCAUAAUCACAAUCUGUUCAUUCCUAAUUGUUGAUAAGUAUGCACAUCAUUAUCACUU